AUGAACCUCAAAGUCCCCCGACCGUUACGCAUCGCCAUCCUCGAAUGUGACACGCCUCUGCCCGAGACCAAGAAAAAGUACCAAGGCUACGGUGGCGUGUUUGAACUCCUGCUCCGCGCGGGCGCCAGGGCGUUGAACCGACCAGAUCUCGACCCCGACACCGGGCUCGAGUUCUCGAGAUGGCAGGUUGAAUCGGAGCCGGACAAGUAUCCCGACCCGUCCACGAUCGAUGCUAUCUUGAUCACAGGUUCGAAACACGACUCGUUCGCUGAUACACCCUGGAUCAACAAACUGGUCGACUAUACCGCCAAAAUCCUGACCGAGACCAAGGUCCGCGUGAUCGGCGUGUGCUUCGGCCAUCAGAUUGUCGGUCGUGCCUUGAAGGCCGAGGUCGGUCGCAAUCCCGCGGGAUGGGAGGCGGCGGUGAACGACGUCCAACUGUCGGCCAAGGGCAAGGAGCUUUUUGGGGUUGACAAGAUUCGCAUCCACCAAAUGCAUCGCGACUGUGUCUUCUACUACCCGGAAGGCGUGGAAGAGCUCGGCUCCUCCCCGGUCUGCAAAGUCCAAGGAAUGUACUCCCCGAAACGACUCUUCACGGUCCAAGGACACCCCGAGUUCAACCAGGAGAUCAUGACCGAGAUCAUCAACACGAGACACGCGACAGGCAUUUUCGACGACAAGGCCUUCCAGGAGCAUAUCGGGAAAGCCGGCUUGCCUCAUGAUGGAUUGGUCGUGAGCCAGGCGUUCCUCAAGUUCUUGUUGGAAUGA